UGCUUGAAAAAAAAUAAUUGCUUCUCUUUAUGGCCGUAGAAGGCACCUCCUGUGAAGAGAAGAAACAGGAAGAAUUUUCUUUUUACUGUCGUGUCAUGAACCUUUGUCUCUCCUUUGUAGAGAUCAGUACGUGAAAGUUCUAGUAGUGGAUAAGGAAGAAUUAGCGUCUUUGGGAAUGUACUUGACGUGCCCCUGCACCUGCCUCUUGAAGAAGAAAGAGAAGUUACACCAAGUCCUUUGCUUUUAGACAGAUGCCUCGAGCUCUGUCCACGUCUUGACUUCAUAUUGCAACUAGGUCAGCCAGACACCCGUGAAUCACUUCAGCUCUGAACCGGAAUCCUCUUCUGUCUUUGCUUUUGGGGGAAACACUAAUCGUUAUUCUUUUGAUUAUUUGCCUGCCAGAUUACCCGGUAUAAUAGCUCAGCGAUGUAUCUCGGAAAAUGGCCCUAAAAGGAGACUCUUCUUAGAAGCCUGCACGAAAGCUGAUUCUGUUUCCUGAAUGCAUCCCUCAGGUAACUGAAGACGGAAAACAGGCCUGGAAAGAAACCCUCGAAGGAGGAAGGGAUUUGCCUACAUUUGGCUCUGACUGGCUCCUGGCAGACACUUUGCAGUUUCUAUGAUCGGAUGCUGCGGCGCUCACUGGUUCAAAGGUCUACACAUGAAGUCACCAUAAAGAGGGUGGCUCCCGCAUCGUACGGACCUCAUCGCCGCGAGGUGAGGCUAAGAUGAGCAUAACCAGUGACGAGGUGAACUUCCUGGUGUAUCGCUAUCUCCAGGAGUCAGGUUUUUCCCACUCGGCGUUCACGUUCGGUAUCGAGAGCCACAUCAGCCAGUCCAACAUCAACGGGACGCUGGUGCCGCCGGCUGCCCUCAUCUCCAUCCUGCAGAAGGGACUGCAGUAUGUGGAGGCCGAGAUCAGCAUCAACGAGGAUGGCACGGUGUUCGACGGCCGCCCCAUAGAGUCCCUGUCCCUGAUCGACGCUGUGAUGCCGGACGUGGUGCAGACGCGGCAGCAGGCCUUCCGGGAGAAGCUCGCUCAGCAACAGCAGGCCAGUGCGGCGGCGGCGGCGGCGGCAGCGGCGGCCACGGCGGCCACGGCAGCCCCGGCGGCUGUGGCCCAGCAGCACCCACCAAAGAACGGCGAGGCCACGGUGAAUGGGGAGGAGAACGGAGCACACGCAAUAAAUAAUCAUUCGAAACCAAUGGAAAUAGACGGGGACGUUGAGAUUCCGCCCAACAAAGCCACAGUCCUUCGGGGCCACGAGUCCGAGGUGUUCAUUUGUGCCUGGAACCCCGUCAGUGAUCUCCUAGCUUCGGGAUCCGGUGACUCGACGGCAAGAAUAUGGAAUCUUAAUGAGAACAGCAAUGGGGGCUCCACACAGCUCGUGUUGAGGCACUGUAUACGAGAAGGAGGACAUGACGUCCCGAGUAAUAAAGACGUGACCUCACUGGACUGGAACAGCGAUGGGACGCUGUUGGCCACGGGUUCCUACGAUGGCUUUGCGAGAAUAUGGACCGAAGACGGCAACCUGGCCAGCACCUUAGGGCAACAUAAAGGCCCCAUCUUUGCCUUGAAAUGGAACAAAAAGGGGAAUUACAUCUUGAGUGCUGGUGUAGACAAAACAACCAUAAUUUGGGAUGCCCACACAGGAGAAGCCAAACAACAGUUUCCGUUUCAUUCCGCGCCCGCGCUCGACGUGGACUGGCAGAACAACACGACCUUCGCCUCGUGCAGCACUGACAUGUGUAUCCACGUCUGCAGACUCGGCUGUGACCGCCCCGUCAAAACCUUCCAGGGACACACCAAUGAGGUCAACGCCAUCAAAUGGGACCCUUCUGGAAUGCUGCUAGCAUCCUGCUCCGAUGACAUGACAUUAAAGAUCUGGAGUAUGAAGCAGGACACGUGUGUGCAUGACCUGCAGGCUCACAGCAAAGAGAUCUACACCAUAAAGUGGAGUCCCACCGGGCCAGCCACCAGCAACCCAAAUUCCAACAUCAUGCUCGCAAGUGCUUCAUUUGAUUCUACGGUUCGACUGUGGGACGUGGAGCGAGGCGUUUGCAUCCACACGCUCACCAAACAUCAGGAGCCUGUCUACAGUGUGGCUUUUAGCCCUGACGGGAAGUAUUUGGCCAGUGGCUCCUUUGACAAGUGUGUGCAUAUCUGGAAUACUCAGAGUGGCAGUCUGGUGCACAGCUACCGAGGCACUGGCGGCAUCUUCGAGGUGUGCUGGAAUGCCCGAGGGGACAAAGUGGGCGCCAGCGCGUCCGACGGCUCUGUGUGUGUUUUAGAUCUUCGGAAGUAAACACAAAAUAUUAGAGAAAAGAAUUCUAACGGACCAGCAGUGAAUGUGUGGGGUUGCAGACAUAGUUCUCUCCGCUCCAAAACUGUAUGAACUUGACUGGCAUUAGAGUGUACUUGGAAAUCAGCUCAUCCCUGGCCACGGGAAUCUCUAUUUUUUCGUAACCUUCAUCAAGAAGUUUAAAACAGAAACAUACACAGUCCUAUCAAAGGGGGAAAGAAUGGUUUCCACCCAGAACAUUCAGCCUGGGAAGCACAAAGCCACCAGUGAAACGGUGCACGGUUUGGUUUCCAUCCAGAACAGGCUCUGAUGGCUGAGAGGAGAAAAAAAAAAAAAAGGAGGAAAAAAAAAAAGGAAAAAAAAAGCUGUGCCAAAAAAAGGAAAAACGAGAAAAAUGCUGUGAUAAACCAAAAGGGGGGGAGGGGACUCUCCUCCACGUGGCGGGUUUGUUUUUUCCCUAACAAUUUGGACACUACAGUUCUCACAAAGGAUGUUCAAAGACCAGUUUGUACCGAUGAAAUGCGCAACUUUGUAAUCCCAACACUUUCUAUUUUCUAGAAUCUUCUUUGUCCGGUGGUUUUUCUAUUGGCUGGAAUCCUGUUGUCUGGGGGCCUUCAGUCUGAGAUGGAAACUGUUUUUGGUGUGUUGCUUCUUUCCUGUUGUCUGCCCCCGCCUCCCGCACCUUUCUCCUUCGUUCCGUGUGGUCUUGUCUACCCUCCGUAGAUGCAGCCUCAUGGACACCAUGACGAAAUCCUGGACGGACAGCUUUCGCGUCCCCUCCCCCAUCGCCCCUCGCUCACUCUCUCUCUGUCCGUUUCUCAUAGUUGCUUCGGAUCUUAGGUCUCAAAGGCACUUUUGGCACAUAAUAAGUGCUUUAUGUAAGCAGGCAGGGCAGGGGGACUUUUUACAGGAGAAAAUACUUAUAAGAGAGAGAGUCCGGAGUAUUUUUGGAAAAAAAAAUAUUUUUAUGUUAAAACAAUUUUAAAAUCCUAAAAUGGCCAUCAGACAUAGAGAGCUUUGUGUGAUUCAUAUUUUAAACAAAUUUUAGGAAGACACAGGCAGGGUCUGAGGUCGGCUUUUCCUUUCCCUUCAGCUUCAUGAAAGGUGGUUAGAAGUCUGGGUGGGGAAGGGUCGGUCCUGUGCAUUGGUCAUGGGAUUGCUCUGCAGCCAGAGCGUGAGGUCCCAGCGCGUUUUGGUUCGAAGAAGUGCAUUGCAUCUUGCAGGGUGUGUGUGCCCUCGUAGCCGGCGGGAGAGAGAGGAAGAACAGUGCCCUCUGACCCCAAGCAGCAUUCCCCAAACCAAAUGGUAUUGAAGAAGCCAUCACGACUGACGGCUGGGCUCGAUGUCCCCUCGACAUCUCGUUGACGGCACUAUACAUACCGGGGGUCGCGUCAUCGAGAGCAGGGUGACCCGUCCUUGCAACACUGACAUAAAAGGCUCCAGGAUCUCCCCUGGUCUCCCGAUGACAGAAAAGAACGGGGAAGGAAGAUGUUCAGUCCCGGAAGUGAAUUACAUAGGUAGAAAUGUCACUAAUAAUUUCUGCUGUCUUCAUAAUUUCUUUCUCUCGUAAGAGACUAGGAGAAAGAUUUCUUUUUUAAAUAAUGAAUCUUUUUACUGUUUUUAAAAAAUUAAACAUGGCUUUGUGUUCCUAGAGGAGUUUCCUUUCAUUGGAUCAGGUGACCUUUGUACUCUUGUUGUCAUAACCCGACACGACCUAGUUUUUAAAUGAGCCGUGGGGAAGGACUGAAAGCUGAGGCCUCCUGCCUCCUCUGUUUCCCAGCGGGCACAGGAAGGGAUGAGGAAGCUGGCCAGGCCCAGGCGGGGGUCCAGUCCUGGGCAGGUGUCAGCUGGGUCGUGUGUUCCAGCCAUGAGGCAGGACGUUAGUUAGUUAGAGGGUGGCAUCCAUCCAUGCAGCCAAAACCCAACGGGCAGGAGAAGGGCUUCCUACAGAACCUGGAAGGGCCGACCGGCUACAAAGACCAGAGUGUGCAUCCUUCUCAUCAUUAAUUGGCUUGGAUUUCAGAGUCAUUCAUAGCCGGUCUACACGAGACCCAAAAAGUGCUCUUCUGGACGACUCGGGUAUUUUAUUCAGGCUCUGUUUCCGAAGUGCUUCGGCCAGGGCUCAGAGUUCUGUGGAGUCGCCUCUCCCAUCUUUAAAGAUAGCAGAUAAGGAUUCAUUGCCUGGCCCCGAGACAUCAUCAGGCUUGCGAUGCAGUGUGUUGGGGGUCCAGACCAACACCAUCUGACUCCCUACCCCAAGUAAGGAUGUCCCCUCUACAGAGCAUACGUUGUCGAGGGGUGGCCCGUGGUCGGGACAUGGCUUGUGUGUGACAAGUCAAACACUGUUGGGUGGCCAUGGCGAGACAUCCUGUAAGGGGUUCAGCAGAUACUCUUCACAGGGAGGUGGGGAGCCCGGGCUUUAGCCCCCUGCCAACUCGGAGUCGCUUGGGAAUGGUCAGGUAGGAGCCAAGGGCUGCAAGGCCACGCGCAGCAGAGGCUUGACCCCUGUGCGCAGAGGGGAAGCCGGUGAGGACAAAGGCCUACGUCCGCUGCCUAGCUUCCCCGAGCAGCCCUUGCAGAGGAAGCUUCCCACCGGCCUGAGAGGGACCGACCAUGAGCGUGCGGGCAGCACCCCUUCCAUCUGUCCCCAGCACAACAACCACAAACCAUCGAGCCUCCCACAUUCGCCCUGCUGCCAGAAAGCUGGAAGAUUGAUCUCCGUCCUCGAGGGACGGCCCGUGGGUGAAGUUACUAUUUGUCCUUGUUCACAGCUCUGAGAAAUAGUGGGUAAAUGCUUAAGUCUGACCACACGGAACCUUGAUUCUGAAAUCUGAGUAACACGAUGAUCCUUCCCAGAACCUUCGGUUGGGUUUCAAGUGACCAAGACCGUGUCCCGCACGCCCAGCUGGCAGAGGGAUCCUGCCCCACGGCGGGGGAACCGAAAGGGCCAGACGUGACAGGGUGUCCACCCUCCGACCCCACACAACACCUAGGACUUGACGUUUGUUUUGUCUUUCUAAAAAUAGAUCACGGAGCCAAGUGAAGUGCACUUUGUCAAAUGUAAGGGUCUGCUUUGUUGUUACUUUUAACCUUCUGUUCACCUUUUUUUUUUUAAUCGUGUUUCUUGUCAAAUGCAGAAAUGUUCCUUCCGCCACUCACUGAAGUUUUGAAUUCUGGCUUCUGCAGUUUUUAUUGUCUGUGUCAGACGUACAGCCAGAUGUGGUCCUCUGUCUGCAUUUUCUAGAUUCUGUUCCAUCCACAUCGACCCCCGUUUUGUUCUCUCCACCCCCACUCACCCUCACGCUCUCUGAAAGAAUCACCUUCUGUGUCGUAGCUCAUUUGUUUCAAGAGAAAAUCAACAGAUCAUACUCAGUGUCUUGAAUAAAUUGCUCUAUUUUGAUAUUAGA